AUGGCAUUACCAUUAGUGAAAGACACUGUAGUGCGUGCUGCUACUGAUUAUUUGAUUGAUAAUCCACCAGUGUCUCACCAUUUAUUAAAUGAAUUCAGCGAUUAUUUUCGUAAACAAUGGAUUGAUCGUGUACCAGUAAAAUAUUGGAACUUGGGACCUAUUCAUCUUCGAUGUAACAAUAGCAUGGAAGGAUACAAUAACCGUUUACAACAUCGAUUUGGUGCGCAUCCAAAAUUAUGGUCUUUUAUUCAUUUCCUCAAAGGUGAAGAAGCUAUCAUUAUGAUGCGAACAGCUCAAAUACAAAGUGGCAACUAUCGUCAAAAGGCAAUGCCAUUCUCAUUCGUCCGCUGCUGCUGCACCUAUAAUGAUAUUCGCAAAACCAUCAUCGAGGAUCUCCAACGGAAUACCCCAAAAUUCACUGGUGCGAAUCGACAGGAUGUCAUUAAGUGGCUGAAAAAUAUUAAUAAUAAAUUUCAAACUGCGGGUGUACCGGAUGCCAAACGGUUUGAUUUUAUCUCGCAACUUCUUGACAAGGGUGCUCUCGAUUGGUUCUAUGAUAACAAAUCUAAAUUGAAUCAUUCUUGGUCGGAAUUUAUUGAGCGUUUUAAAAGUACAUUUGAUUCUCCUAAUCGUGCACGUCUUGCCAUGCACAAAACUCAUUCCUAUACUCAAUCUCCGCAGCAAGAUAUUCGUGGUUUUUGCAGUGAAAUGCGCAAGCUUUUUCUUGAAGCCGAUCUUGAUAUGAGCUCUACCAUGAAAUUGGAAUUGCUCUUACGUUAG